AUGGCUGAAUGUGCGGAGAAAGUAGCAAAAACAAGUGAUAAUGCAGACUCUGUCGGAGGGAAAGAGAAAGAAGAGACUGAGAAUCGGGUAAAGCUAUGCGGGCCGUGUUUUGAGGAAGGGAACGAAGUUCCAGCGACGAAGUUUUGUGUUGAUUGUGAUGACCAUCUCUGUGAGACAUGCGUGCAAUAUCAUCGUAAGGUUAAACUGAUUAAAAAUCAUAAACUGAUUGAUAUUAGUGCUGUAGUGCAAUGCUCCAAGAAAAAGGAGAGAAAAGCUGAUGUAUUUAACUGCACGAUUCAUCAGGAGGAACUCACCCAUUAUUGUGAGAAACAUGGUAAACUAUGUUGCCUUAAGUGUGUACGCGGGAUUCACACCAUGUGUGGAGACAGUGUUUGUAAAGUUGACGAAGCAGCUGAUAAAAUAGAGGAGAAUCGGAUUUUCAAAGAGUUCGUUGACAAGCUGCAUCGUUUGGUAGUCAAGGCUCAGGAAAAUGAAAAAAGAGCCACGGCCAAAAUUGAAACGGGAAUGGAACAGUUUAAAAGGCAAAUCGAGUCUGCAAGAAAGAUGGCCGAUGAAGAAGUAGGACGGAUAAAAACAAUAGCGUCGUCCAUGGAUUCCAUUACGGGAGAACUCAGUAAAUGGAAAAAUCUCGUUGAAAAUGCUAAAAAGGCGAAAGAUUAUGGAAAACUAUUCAUUGCCAUGAAACUUGCAACAGAGCAACUCGAGUUCCAUGACGAGUCCAUUCAUGCUCUGGAAAGAAAUAGCAAAUGGAGCCUUAAAUUAACAAUUCAAGGUCGCAAUCCGUACUCUUUACAAGAAAUGGACGCUUCAGGAAUAACAAGAAUAAAACAUAAAGAAGACGUUUUGUCUAGCAUUGCUUCUGUAGAUAUGCAUUCAGCAAUUGAUGAAGAAACGGGGUCUAUGUUCCUCAUUGGCAAAGAACCAUUCGGAUUGAGAGAAGUCACCAAAGAUGGCGAGGUAAACACAAUCGCUUUGUCAAAACCAAUAGAAAGUCCUGGGGGGAUUGUGUUGGAGUCUGAUGGAACAUUUCUGGUCAGCAGCGUGAGCGGAAAGAAUAUCAAACGUGUGACGGUGGAGGGAAGUGUGGAGGAUUUCAUCACUGGUUUGGAGUUUGAACCACAUGGACUUGGCUUUGAUAAGCAGAGACGGUUAUUGUACGUGGGUGGCUUUCGUAGCAAUGCUAUUCUCAUGUAUUCUAUAUAG